AUGCCAUGCCAUCUUCUUGAUAUGCAGGAUUGGACUAAGAACCUUGAGCAGUUGAGGAUGGUUAUGACCCGGACCCCUCAGGAGGUCUCCCGUCAACUUGACGCAAGAUGCCCCGGGGUCCGUCUAUGGCCUCCAUCACGUAUGACACCGCGGGGCACCCUUAUCGCUGCAGAUGGACGCAACGCAGACCCCUAUGGACGGGUUCUUCCUCAGCCCGAGGCCACUAUGCAGAUACGCAUCUACACGUCCCAGGGCGGCCUUUCAAGGAUCAAAGAGCUUCGAGAUGAGAUGGAACAGGCCGGGAAUGAUUUUCCUCCAGCAGUGAGGAAGUCGUUUUUAGCUCUCGAAAGAGCGGUGUUGGCAGGUGAAGCGUUGACACUUGAGCGCGGCACUUAUUCAACAAUACCUCAAACGCGUCCUACAGAAUUUAGUUUUCCCCCACCACCACCAACAUACACACCCGCCACACCCACCACACCCCCGGCCCUCACAAUGCCUCCCCUACCUCCCCCCUUUCCUAUAAUGGACGCGAAUCAAGCCGCAAUCCUUGCCGCCGUGGAGAGACUGCAGAAAAUCCAAGAUGGUGAGAUCAAGCCCGAGUCGCGCCCGCUCAGAAACGACUACAAGAGCACGAAGAAGAGCGAGAAGAAACACAAGUAUUCGUGCCCGGGCCCGGAUCAGUGCAAGAAGGUGACUUGUAACCACACAUUUGCGAGAAAGAAGACGGAUAAGGAGUCCAAGGCGGCAGACAAUCGAUCAGUGGAGCAAUUGAUUAAGAAGUGCGGACGUGAUGGAUAUCCGAUCACCCACGGAUAUGCCCAUGUCUGUCUAGACAAGUGCCAGGGAGACCUCGACCUCGCCAUCGAGUGUGUCAAGACUGAUAUUGAUUCUCGAGAGAAGGCUCUUAACGAUACGGGCCGAAUCUCUUGCGAGAAGGAGAGAGCUCUUGCAACCUCUAUGAUUAAGUGUGAUGCACGAGAUGCGAUUAUCACGUACUUAGAGGAUGAAGACUCUACUUUUAAGGAGCUUGAUCAACAUGGCUGGGAAAGUGGAUUGGGAAAGAAGUGUAAACAAAUGCGUAACAAAUCUCAGCGAAAGAGAUGGUACGCGGGAUAUAAACACGAAGAAAAGCAUCGUCAGGAUCGGGCGAAUCACUAUAAGGAUUUCCUUGGAAGAGUUGAGAGAGGAGAAAUCAGUAAGGAGGCCAUGGAUAACUGGUUCAAGAAGUAUGACGGCCUUGAUGGUGACGCUAAAGACACUACAUCGGCGGAUAUGAGGGGACAGUCGAGCAAUGUAGAUCUCAACUCACAGGCUCCUGCGAGCUCGUCUUCAGCACCAGAGUCCGUACCACCACCGAGAAGCAAUGCGAGACAAACACAGGGGAUGACUGGAGGUGGGAACACAACCGAACCUAUCACAGGAGCAGCACUUGCAUCAUCGCCGGGCUUUGUGAGCCAUACAGUUACGUCGAAGAACAAAGGAAAGGGCAAGCAAGCAUUUGUCGAAGACGCGAUUGAGAACGACGAAGAUGAUGGAGCUCCUAGCGCAUCCAUGUUCGCAAGAACAAGUGUCUUCGCUGAAGCCAUUGAUCCUAUUCUCGACAAAGGAAAGGGCAAGGAGACAUUUGUUGAAGAGACUGUUGAGAGAGAGGAUGAAUAUGAUGAAGCCCCGAGCACAUCUGUAUUCGCAGGAACAAGAGCCUUUGCUGAAGCUAGCAAGCCUAUUCUCGAUACAGUUGGUGACUUUGGGGAUGAGGAUGAGUUAUUGGACAAGCACACCAUGGACCAGCCGCAGCUAUCAGAUAAGGGCAAGACCAAGAGAUACUUGGGUAUGGAAGACGCAGCAAGUGAUGCUUUUUCGCAGAACAUCCAGGAACUGAUUGCGUUUGUCCAAACAUUGCCCGGCUUCCCAGUGGAGGUCACCGACCAGCAGCCCGACCAGCAGCCUACUGAUAAUAGCGCAUAUCAAAAUGGUUCGACUAGUUCGACUAUUGUACCUCGUGGUCCAGUCAGGAAGGUUGCAAGCUCAAGAAAGGUCUCGGAGAGUCUCUUCAAGACAAUGGCCAGAGCUAAGAUAGAAAGCCAGCGCGCCCGCGGUGAGAUCCCUAUUCGUGAAGCUCGGGCAAUGGAGAGCACUGGAGAGGCUAUCAAGAAUAGUCAAAGGGAUACGGCGUCGUUGGAGGAUAUCACAGGCGGCCCAAGUGAUUCCAAUGCAAACAGAAAUGCCUUAGGGCAGAUGGUAUGGCCUCCGGCGUUGGCUAUUCCGGCGAACCCUGAGCUGGGAGGUCUUUCUGAGAUGAACAAGUUCUUAAGCUAUGCUACCGAUGAAGCCUCGAAACAACUCCACCGACGCUUACUUGAGCUCCAUGAGGAUGUUAUCGGUGGGGUUUUCAUGGUCGAAGACGGUCCGUACGACGACGAGAGUAUUGCCCACAUCAAAGAAAUGUGCAACAUCGUGAGCGAUAAUGUGGCAAACCUCUACAUCGGCCUGGCGUGCGGAAGUGCUGCGCUGGGGACCGACUUCUACUUGAAGGCCCAAGUCGAGAUUGCCAAAUACCUUGAUCAGCAAGGCAAUGUGACAGACUAUCUGGACAUGGAAAACGAGGCUAUGCGAUUCGCUCUCUGGAUGUAUCGAGAGAGAGGACCUGUAUCGGAGAAUGGUGGAUCCGAGGGAGAUGGAGAUUCUGGAGAUGAGGGAAGCGAGGCAGACGAAGGAAAGGAAGAAGGCUCUGAAGACGAGGAAGGCUCCGGAGACAAGGGAGCUUCAGUCCACUGA